AUGACUGAUGCCAAGCAGCUAAAUCGAGAAUAUCAACCUCGUUCACUAAAACAAAAUUGGACAACAAGUGUUCUACGCGAUGAAAUAGCAAUUCUUGAAUCAUUAACAACUGGUUGUCGACGAAUACUUGAUUAUGGCAUGGAAACUGAAAUGCAACGUGAGUACAGAAAUCCAAGUUCAAAAAGUAUACAACAUUUAAAACAUAUUGAACAAAACCGUUUUGGCCGUUAUGCUUAUACACCGAAGCAAAAUCCACCACGAGGUGCUGUGCCAACAUUCGAUGGUACAGCUUAUCCUGAAGUCAUUCCACGCUUUCAUCUACCGAAAAUGCCAUUUUAA